AACAAAACCGGAAGUGAAAUAAAAUCAGCUGCCACCGGCAAAGUGUUGACCUUUACUGUCCUAGUACCUGGACACUGGACUGACAUUUAAAUCAUAAAUAUUCACAAACAGCUAGAUAAAGAGAGAUUCUAAGCAGAAAUGACGAAAACAGAUGUGGUACCCCAGAAACCACUUCCUGCUGUUGCUAGAUUCUUUUUCUAUGGUCUACAUGGACUUUUUGAUGAGAUUGUCUUCACAGCUCUGUUUGACCUAUUUUUAGAACCUCACGGCAAUGCACAACUUAAAGGCUACACAACCAUUUACUCCUUCUUCAUUUAUGGUAGUUGCAGCUUAGUUGUAGAACGACUAUAUGUUUACUUAUACUUGAAGCAUGGCAUUCCAUGGUAUACGAGAACAGCUAUCUAUCUCCUAGUAUUAUAUACAUGGGAGUUAUCUUUCGGCCUGGUUCUACGACAGUUUGAUGCCUGUUCAUGGGAUUACAGUCACUAUGAUUACAACUUUAUGGGUCUGAUUACCCUUGAAUAUGCACCAGGAUGGAUUGUACUAUGUCUAUGGCAGGAUGUUAUAGCUGACUUUCUUCUUAGUCUUUCAAUAAAUGUAAAAAGUGAUGAAAACAACGACAAAAUUAAGGCAGCAUGAUAAACUCUUACUGUGAUAUUUUUUUUUAUACAUUUUACAGAUGUAGGACUUAUUUAAUAACUAAGGUGUUGUAGGACUUAUUUUUAAUUUAAGUGUAAGCUUUCAUUUCAAAGAAAAAUGAAAAAAAAUUCUGAAUUUCUAGAACUGCCUUUAGAUACUUUAACCAUUUUAGAUUAACAGAGUGAAAGUAUAAACAAAAAAGGAUUGUAAUGAAAGAAUUUGUAGAAGGAUGUUAAAUACUCUGCAAAAAGAUUGACAUUUUAAAAAGUAAAAAAUAAAUCAUGAAUAUAUGUUUGUCAUUUUUUGUGUUGUUUGUGUGCUGUUUCAUUUAUUUGUUAGAUUAAUGACCAAGCAAUUUACUUUGCAGAGAAGAUAUAUAUAUAUAUUUUUUUAUAGUGUUAGUAUUCAAGUACAUUUCUUUUACUCAUAUUGUAAUAUUUCUUUGUUUAUUUUUGAGAAAACUAUCAACCUUUGGGAGGAAAAGCAGAAAAUUCUAGUCAAUUUAGAAUGUAGUCAAGUCCACCUGACAGGUUUGUGAUUCGAACCCACAACCUCAGUGUUAACAGGCUAGUGAUAGAGAAGUUUUACUUACUAAGACCACUCGGCCACCAGGGUCCCACACUGUAUAAUAAUGACAGCUUUUGGAUUAUUAAAAUUUCGUUAAAUAUCAGUAUUAGUCCUUAUGAAUCUGAUCUGAUAUAUAUGCUGUAUAGCCUACAAACUACUUAAUACAUUUAAGGAAAAACUAUAAAGAUUUCCAAAAUCCUUUAAUUUUGCAAUUUACCUGCAAGCAAAGCCUGUUACCAAAAAAAGAUAUUAUGUCAGAAGAUAGAUUAUGUAUAUAAGGAUACUCACUUUAGUCAUUGUUUUCAUAAGGUUGUUCCUUUGGGGAUCCAGAAUAUCAAAUGGCAGUCCUCUUAUAUUUACUUUUUUUAUUAUUAAAUUCUGUUGUUGAUUCAAUGUUAGAACAAUCCAAUGAAACUAUUCAUUCAGUUUUGACUCUGUGUCCAUUCUUACUCAUAUUUAUAAGAACACAAAAAGACAUAUAAAGCUAACUUUUUUCUAACAGUAUUUGUACCAGGAUGAUAUUUGUGUAUUGUUGAUAUCUGUAGUCAAGGUAGUCAAGGGAACAAUAUGCAUGAGUAUGAUUAAAUUAUAUUGUAAAUCGGCAUUAUUGUAAGAUUCUAUAGCAUUAUAUUUUAAGCCCAUAAAACUUUCAUUCUUUUUCUCCAAUGUUUUUUUUUUUCAUUUUCAACUUUAAUAUGAUAUAUUGCAAUCAUAUUAUAUGCAAUCAGAUGUUAUUCUACUUGUCUGAAUGUUGUUAUAAAUACUGCUAACAUGUUAUGUUUAUGUUGACUUGAAUUUGUAUUGUUUUUUUUAUGUA